UUUACUUUAACCUCUUUGACUGAACUCUCUGCUGAUUCUAGUCAACUGGAACUUCAGCACUCCAAUCAUGUCCCCACUGGUAUGAAUAUGAGCAAGAGUGAGAUAGCGAAAGAAACGUCAUUGAAACCAUCCCGGCGAUCCCUGCCAUGCCUGACCCAGGGCUAUGCUUUCUCAAAGAGCCUGAGCCAGUCUACCUCCCUCUUCCAGGCCACUGAGAGUGAAUCUCAGGCCCCCAUGUCUGUGACCUCCAUCUCUGCUGACAAAGCAGAGGAAGUUAACCCUGAGGAGGAUAAAAAAGACUCUGUACUCAAGUGCUCUUUUGCUGACCUCAGUGAUUUUUGCUUAGCCCUAGGAAAAGAUAAGGAUUACCUGGAUGAAUCAGAACACGCUAAUUAUGACCGAUCUCGGCUCAUUAAAGAUUUUGUUCCCAAAGAUAAUUCUGAAUCCAAGAGAAGAUUGCCUAAGAAUGACAUGAAUUACAUAGCAUCCAGUGGACUUCUAUUCAAAGAUGGCAAAAAGAGGAUUGAUUACAUUCUGGUUUAUAGAAAGUCAAAUAUACAAUAUGACAAAAGAAACACGUUUGAAAAGAACCUCAGAGCAGAAGGCUUGAUGUUGGAAAAGGAGCCAGCUGUUGCAAACACUGAUAUCAUGUUUAUUAAAAUUCAUAUUCCAUGGGACACGCUGUGCAAGUAUGCAGAGAGGCUGAAUAUCAGGAUGCCCUUCAGGAAAAAAUCCUAUUACACUGACCCAAGGAGCAAAUCAACGGGCAGCGUACACAAUUAUUACAGAAGACUCAAAAAAUGGAUGUCUCAAAACCCAAUGGUUCUUGACAAGUCAGCUUUUCCAGACCUGGAGGAGUCGGACUGCUACACUGGCCCCUUCAGCCGCGCACGGAUUCACCACUUCAUAAUAAACAAUAAGGACACCUUCUUCAGCAAUGCUACUCGAAGCAGGAUAGUCUAUCAUAUGCUGCAGCACACCAAAUAUGAAAACGGAAUAUCAAAAGUGGGUAUAUGUAAACUGAUAAACAAUGGCUCAUAUAUAGCAGCUUUUCCUCCACAUGAGGGAGCCUACAAGAGUAGCCAUCCCAUCAAAACUCAUGGACCUCAGAAUAACAGGCAUCUAUUAUAUGAGCGCUGGGCACGCUGGGGAAUGUGGUACAAGCAUCAGCCCCUGGAUUUAAUCAGGCUGUAUUUUGGUGAGAAGAUUGGGCUGUACUUUGCUUGGCUGGGAUGGUAUACUGGAAUGCUGAUUCCGGCAGCACUGGUUGGCUUGUGUGUUUUCUUCUAUGGAAUAUUUACAAUGAAUGCAAGUCAAGUAAGCCAAGAAAUUUGCAAGUCUACUGAGGUGUUCAUGUGCCCUCUCUGUGACAAGAACUGCUCACUACAGAGACUCAACGAUAGCUGUAUCUAUGCCAAGGUGACAUAUUUGUUUGAUAAUGGAGGGACAGUCUUCUUUGCUAUUUUUAUGGCAAUAUGGGCCACAGUCUUCCUGGAGUUUUGGAAAAGAAGAAGAAGUACACUGACCUAUACUUGGGAUCUCAUUGAAUGGGAAGAGGAGGAGGAAACACUUCGUCCCCAGUUCGAAGCAAAGUAUUACAAGAUGGAGAGAGUGAAUCCCAUCAGCGGAAAACCUGAGCCGCAUCAGCCUUCGUCAGACAAAGUCAGUCGUCUUCUUGUUUCUAUCUCAGGAAUAUUCUUCAUGAUUUCUCUGGUGAUCACUGCAGUGUUUGCGGUUGUGGUAUAUCGCCUGGUUGUCAUGGAGCAGUUUGCAUCAUUCAAGUGGAAUUUCAUCAAACAACAUUGGCAGUUUGCAACAUCUGCAGCUGCUGUCUGUAUCAAUUUUGUAAUCAUCAUGGCCCUGAACCUUGCUUAUGAAAAAAUUGCUUACCUUCUCACUAAUUUAGAAUAUCCGCGGACAGAAUCUGAAUGGGAAAACAGUUUUGCCCUGAAGAUGUUCCUCUUCCAGUUUGUCAAUUUAAACAGUUCCAUCUUCUAUAUCGCUUUCUUUCUGGGGAGAUUUGUAGGCCACCCAGGAAAUUACAAUAAACUUUUUAACCGGUGGAGACUGGAGGAAUGUCAUCCGAGUGGCUGCUUGAUAGACCUCUGCCUGCAGAUGGGAGUUAUCAUGUUUUUGAAGCAAAUAUGGAACAACUUCAUGGAACUGGGAUACCCGUUGAUCCAGAACUGGUGGUCACGACAUAAAAUCAAGCGAGGAAUACAAGACGCUUCUAUACCUCAGUGGGAAAAUGAUUGGAAUCUGCAGCCCAUGAAUAUUCAUGGCUUGAUGGAUGAGUAUUUAGAAAUGGUUUUGCAAUUUGGUUUUACCACCAUAUUUGUUGCUGCUUUUCCUCUGGCCCCUCUUUUGGCUUUGUUAAACAAUAUCAUUGAAAUCAGGCUGGAUGCAUACAAAUUUGUUACCCAGUGGCGGAGGCCUCUGCCAGCCCGAGCAACUGACAUAGGUAUAUGGUAUGGAAUUCUUGAAGGAAUUGGUAUAUUGGCUGUGAUUACCAAUGCAUUUGUAAUAGCUAUAACAUCUGAUUACAUCCCACGUUUUGUGUAUGAAUACAAAUAUGGCCCCUGUGCAAGACAUUUCGACUAUGGUGAAAAUUGUUUAAAGGGAUACGUCAACAAUAGCUUAUCCUUCUUCGACCUGAGUGAGCUUGGUAUGGGGAAAUCUGGUUAUUGCAGAUACCGAGACUACAGAAGUCCCCCUUGGAGUUCCAAACCCUAUGAGUUCACCUUACAAUACUGGCAUAUCCUCGCUGCUCGAUUGGCCUUCAUUAUUGUGUUUGAGCACCUUGUUUUUGGGAUCAAGUCAUUCAUCGCAUACCUGAUUCCAGAUGUACCAAAAAAACUUUAUGACCGAAUACGACGGGAGAAGUACUUAGUCCAAGAAAUGAUGUAUGAGGCAGAGCUAGAGCAUUUGCAACAACAGCGGAGGAAAAGUGGUCAUCCUGUUCACCAUGAAUGGCCUUAGUAAAUACCUUUUGCCCAAUAGGGACAAUACCAUUAGUGGGAGGGAUAGCUACUUCAAAGUCUAGGUGGGAUCUGGGAGGAGAGCAUUCCUGGCAAAUCAUAUGGGUAAUAUUCUACUUGGAAAUGCAUCACAGCCAUUUCUUGGGUUUAGAACAUCCAAGCUUCUAGGGGGAAAAAUAUGACUUAACGACAUUUAAAAAUGGUUAGGUUGACAUUGCAGGAAGCCAGGAUAUAAUUCACAAAUGAAGCCUCAGGGAGCUGUAUGUUCGAAGACCUCCACCUUCCAUCAGCUGUAGGUAAUAGGAAGGGUGAUGC